CUCCUUGCAAUUAACUAUUGUAGCCAUUUUGGUAGCCAUGUCAGCCUUUCUCUGGCAUGCUUUUCUCGGGAAGAAGAGAAACAAUAGCAAAGAAGCUCCUGUCCCAGUUGGUGCAUGGCCACUCAUUGGUCACCUACACCUUCUGGGUGGCCAUGACCAACUUCUCUACCGAACACUAGGAACAAUGGCUGAUCAAUAUGGACCAGCGUUUAACAUCUGGCUCGGUAGUCGCAGAGCAUUUGUAGUUAGCAGCUGGGAAAUGGCUAAAGAAUGUUUCACAACCAAUGACAAGGCACUUGCCUCACGCCCCACAACCGUUGCCGCAAAGAUUAUGGGAUACAACUACGCAGUGUUUGGUUUUGCCCCUUAUAGUCCCUUUUGGCGUGAGAUGAGAAAGAUUGCAACUCUUGAACUUCUUUCCAACCGCAGGCUCGAAAUGCUGAAGCAUGUCAGAGUGUCGGAACUCGGCAUGGGCAUAAGGGAUUUAUACAACUCUUGGGUCCAGAACAGGUCUCGGCCUGUGCUUGUGGAACUGAGCCGAUGGUUGGAGGAUUUGACUCUGAACAUGGUGGUUAGAAUGGUGGCUGGGAAACGCUACUUCGGUGCCUCUGCAACGUGUGAUGAUGAUGAAGCAAGGCGGUGCCAGAAGGCUAUUAAUCAGUUCUUUCAUCUCAUUGGGAUUUUUGUGGUUUCAGAUGCGCUCCCGUUUCUGCGUUGGUUUGAUGUGCAGGGGCACGAGAGGGCAAUGAAGAAAACUGCCAUGGAGUUGGAUGCCAUACUUGAAGGGUGGCUACACGAGCAUCGUAUGCAAAGAGUUGAUGGUGAAGUUAAACCAGAGGGCGAACUUGAUUUCAUAGAUGUCAUGUUGUCUCUUCAGAAGACUGGUCACCUAUCAAAUUUCCAAUAUGAUUCCGACACCAGCAUCAAAUCCACAUGUCUCGCUAUUAUACUUGGUGGCAGUGAUACCUCAGCCGGAACACUUACUUGGGCCAUCUCAUUACUCCUGAACAAUCGGCAAGCAUUGAAAAAGGCCCAAGAAGAAUUGGACCUGAAUGUUGGCAUGGGUAGGCAAGUUGAGGAGUCAGACAUCAGAAACCUUGCAUAUCUUCAAGCCAUUAUCAAGGAAACCUUGCGGCUAUACCCAGCUGGGCCUCUCCUAGGACCAAGGGAAGCCCAAGAAGAUUGCAAUGUGGGUGGUUAUGAUGUCCCUGCUGGAACACGGUUGGUGGUUAACCUGUGGAAGAUUCAUAGGGAUCCAAGGGUGUGGGAAGAGCCUUCUGCUUUCAGACCAGAGAGGUUUCUGACAAGUGAUGGUGUUGAUGUUCGAGGCCAAAACUUUGAACUCAUUCCCUUUGGGUCUGGUAGAAGGUCUUGUCCUGGCAUGUCUUUUGCACUCCAAGUUCUUCACCUGACAUUGGCUCGUCUGCUUCAUGCAUUUGAAUUUGCAACUCCAUCAGAUGAACCAGUUGACAUGACGGAGAGUCCUGGUUUAACAAUUCCUAAGGCAACUCCCUUGGAGCUUCUUCUCUCUCCUCGCCUUCCACCCCAAUUAUAUGCCUACUAAAUUAA